UUGUGUCAAGUCAAUCUGUAGCGAUCAGUGCUUGUAAAUUACUUUGUAAAUCACUAAAAUAGUUACUUGUAAGAUUUAUUUACGUUGUUCUAAAUGCAGUCUUGAAAACUAUUUUAAGAAUACUGAGGCCCUAAUUAGUGUGUCGAACUUAUGCAAUUUGUUUCAAAAAUAACUCGAAGCAAACACUGCUCUAACGAACAUCUGACCAAUAAUAAAAUACUGAAAGAACUAAUGUUUUUGAAGUGUUCGCAGCGAUGAUUUGCGUAGAAUAUUACGUCACGGAUUCCUGUAGGGAUUACCUAUAGAGUUAAACAUGAGUGCGUUACAAGUGGAAUUACCAUUGUGACUUGAUGUUGGCGGCUCAGUUCCUCAAGGGUCGUCAAUUGGAUCAGUUCAGGAGGUUAAUUGGUGCAGUUUAUUCCUCAGUGUAGUGUUCUGGUUUGAGUGAUGUUGCUUUGAAGGUAACGUGUGGUUUAGUGAGGUGUUUAUCGUGUUGGAGGUUGGGGAAGUCCUAGUGAGUUAUCUGAUCGGAAUCCAGCAGUGAGUAAUACUGAUGCGAUGAUCGAGAGUGUCUCAAGACGAACGUUCAGUAGCUCGAGCGGUACGUACAACGUGCGUGCUUCGGAGUUGGCGCGGGAACGGAAACUCAACAUCUUCAAUGUCACCGUGCAGUUCCUUGAUGAGACAGAGCAUACCUUCCAGAUUGAAAAAAAAGCCAAAGGUAGUGUGCUGUUGGAGCUUGUCUACCAGCACAUUCAGCUAGUGGAGAAAGAUUACUUUGGAUUACAGUUCACUGAAAAUGGCACCGUACCCAGCUCUACCAACACCGAGAUAACACGUUGGCUAGACGGCAACAAGUCAGUGAAGAAGCAGGCAGGUGGAAACGCGCAGUUUUGGUUGGCGGUGAGGUUCUACCCUCCGGAGCCGUCGCGGCUGGCUGAGGAGUUCACCAGAUACCUGCUCUGCCUGCAGCUGAGGAAGCUGCUGCUGGACGAGAGGAUGGCGGCGCCCAGGAACACUGCGCUCUUGCUUGCUUCCUUCACUGUGCAAGCGGAAUUAGGCGACUACAACAUAGCAGAACACCCACCGAACUACCUUUCCGAGCUCUGUCUUCUACCCAAGCAGAGCGCAGAAGACGAGAGAAGAAUCAGAGAACUACACAAGCUACAUAAAGGACAGUCACCCGCCGAUGCUGAAGCCAACUUCUUAGAACACGCGAAACGACUGGACUUCUAUGGCGUUGAGUCACAUCCUGCAAAGGAUUACAACGGCAAGGACAUAUCGAUAGGCGUGACGUCAAUCGGCAUCGUGGUCUUCCAGAACAACAUACGUGUAAACACCUUCUCUUGGAGUAAGAUCGUCAAGAUCUCCUUCAAGAAGAAGCAGUUCUUCAUACAGCUUAAACGAGAACCGUCAGAAUCUUACGACACAGUUCUGGGGUUCAACAUGCGGUCAGGGCGCGCCGCUAAAGCACUAUGGCGCUGUAGUGUGGAACGACAUGGAUUCUUCAGACUACGGGCGCCAAGGCGAAGACCGUUCUUAGGAGCGUUGAGUGCGUUGGCUGGUAUAGCGUCGCCUAGCGUGCCGCGGACUGAGACACAGGCUCUUGAAGACGCGCGAAGGGAACGACACAGCAGGAGCUUUGUCAGACGCAGCAGCUCGCGCACGCGCACGCGGUCGCGGGAGCGCGAGGGCGCGCGGCCCGCGUCGCCGGGCGCGGCGCGGCCCGCCAGCCUGCCCGCCGCGCUGGCGCCGCGCGCGCGCCGCGUCACGGGCAGCGCCCAGCCCGUGCCGCGCGCCGCCUGGCUCGGGGACCACGACGCGCGCCCGCCCGACCACGACGAAGGCGACUUCCUGGAGCGCGCUCUCCGCGUGCCGCUGCCGUACGUGGACGAGUCGUCGUCGUCGGAGGGCGCGGCGGACGAGGCGGUGGUGGUGCGGCUGGCGGCGGGCGGCGACGGCCGCUUCGGGUUCAACGUGCGCGGCGGCGGCGGCGCGCCCGUGCUCGUCAGCCGCGUGGCGCCCGCCACCCGGCCCAUGCUGCAGGAGGGCGACCAGGUGAUAUCAAUAAACGGGACGGACGUAGAAGAAAUGAACCACGACCAAGUGGUGCAGCUGAUACGAAACACGCGGGGAGUCCUCACACUAGUUGUCAAACCUAACGCGGUAUACGAACCAGAGGAAGGAGGCCCAGAAGAGCCAGCUGUGACCUUCGUGCCCUUCGGAGCGGGCAAGUUGGAGGGAGACGCUCUAGAACAAUCCAUGUUGCUACUUGGAGAUGGAUUAGCCAGCGGUGCUGCGCUCAAACAGUAUGAAACCCUGCUAAGGAGACUGCCAGAAGAACCAACCUGCGCUGCGAAGCUUCCUCACAACUUGAAUAAGAAUAGAUAUAAAGAUAUCGCGCCGUACGAUUCGACCCGUGUGGUGCUGAAGAACAAUCCGACUGGUGAUUACAUAAACGCUUCGUACAUCAACAUGGAGAUACCUACUUCUGAUCUCGUCCUCACUUACAUCGCUACUCAAGGUCCCCUCUCAUCAACAGUGGGAGAUUUCUGGCAGAUGGUCUGGGAAUGUGAGAGCAGUCUGAUAGUGAUGUUGACGGUGUUGGCGGAGCGAGGCCGCGCCAAGUGCCACCAAUAUUGGCCCAAGGUUGGCGCCAGCCCGCUCAAGGCCACCAACACGCUCACUGUGCACACCAACAGCGAACAGAACCUCGGACAUUAUAUUAGGAGAGAAAUGAGUCUGAAGGAUGGCAGCGGUGGCAGUCGCAACGUGACGCAGCUGCAGUAUACAUCGUGGCCGGACCACGGCGUGCCCGACGACGCGGCCGCCUUCAUCGCCUUCACCCAGCUUUGCUCGCGGCUGAGGAACCACCGCGCCGUAAUACCAACGGUAGUAGAAGAACUGAGCGGCGCUGAAGAGGAGCGUCUACUAGACCCGCCGAUGAUCGUGCACUGUUCAGCGGGCGUCGGCCGCACCGGCGCUCUCAUACUAGCCGAGACCGCUCUAGAGUUGAUAGCUAGAAGACAACCGCUCUACCCGCUCGACAUAGUGCGGGCUAUGCGCACGCAGAGACCCAUGUGCAUACAGAACGCGAGUCAAUACAAGUUCGUGUGUGAAAGCAUCCAAGCGGCGUACUCGCAAGGCUUGACGAAGCCAUCAUCAGAAAGUGGCUCCAAUUGAUAACUGAACACAUUGAACAAUGGGCACAAAAUUAUACAGAACGUGUGUCAGUUAUCGAUUCAAAUUGAGUUUGUAAAGGCGCGUUACGUAAAUAUCGUAACAUAACAUGAAUAGCCUUUAUACGUCCCACUGCUUGGCACAGGGCUCUCCCCAAUUAGCCAGGGGUAAAGUGCAUACACCUCCACGCUGCUCCAGUGCGGGUUGGCAGCGGCGUUUGGGCUAGUAACCCGUGACCAACGACUCAACGUGCCCUCCUAAGCAGAAAAUCAUCUUACUUACUAUUUCAAUCGGACAAUCAUCAAGCCUACAAAGUCCUUACCAAACAAAGGACAGUCUCACAAAGUGAUUUCGACAAUGUCCCCAUCGAACCAAGACCUCCAGAUCGUAAGUCUAACGCUCUAACCACUAGACCACGGAGACUGCCAACAUAAUUAUAAAGAAUCAUUUUACUUAUUCAGCUUCAGAUGUCCUAGCCAAACAAAAGAUAGUCUCACAAAGUGACCUUUUAACCCGAAAACCAGCCCAAUAAAGAUUCGGUCACAUACCUCCGAAAUACAUUACUCCGGAAUGUGGGUGCCCUCAAGAUGUUUCCUUCCCCGCUGAGCACGUGAUCAUUUAAAUGAAUAAUUUUUGAUCCAAGCAUGAAUUCGAAACAAAUUCGAAAUUGGUUUAGACCCGUUGCUGGAUUCGAACCUGCGACCUCACAGUGAGAGUCAUGCAGCGUGUUGUGUCUAAGCAAGAUUGUAUUUUAUUAAAAAGUAUAAGUAGGUACCCGCUAUCUUCAAUUCUGUCUUCUCAUUCUUUACCAAUAGGUGUAUUUUAUACGUCUGACUACUUCUUCAGGGACAUGGGCGUGACGCUAUGUUGUCUCUACCCAUUUACCUUUCGAGUAUUACCUUUUAUAAACACAUUGUUUCGAAUAUAUUGCAAUGUUUAAAAAAUAAAAAAGUAUUAAACUCGAAUAUAACACGAAACGACAUAUCAGCGCCUUUAAGCGGAACAACCAAGCUAUCUCGCUUCCAUUAUUUAUUAUUAGACCUAAGAUUUUUUUUUAAUUUCUUACUUCUGUGAUUAUUUGAACGUAUAUUUAGGUCUUUCGUAGGUAAAUCUUGCCUUUUUAACGAAUUUAACAUUUUCUAAUUUAAGAACCUAACAUAGUGUUUGUAUUAAUUUAUUUUGUACCUAAUGUACCCAUUUUAAAAUACUUUCCUGUGCCCCUAGCAAUCAAAAACCAUUCUAAAAUUAUGAGUGACUUACUUACGCACUCUUUAUCGUUAAAUUAUAUUUAAAAAACAAUCUGCCUGUCCCAAAAAUAAAUUUAUCAUCUUCCUAGGGUUAUUCCGUUUUGCACAGGGUCCGCUUACCUAACCUGAACAUUUGACAUGUCCGAAGCGAAUUUUUACAGAAACAACUGAAGGGAAAACCAACCCAAUACAGGUUAGGUCACAAACCUCGGAAACGCAUUUCUCAGGUAAAAUUCUCUCAAAUAAAAUUAUUGAGCUUAUCUUUAAAUUCUGAAUACGAAACUGAUCUAAAUUACAUGACGAACUGAUGUUUCUCGAUUUCAAAAAUAAGCAAAAUUACUAAAUCGAUAUUGCAUGAUAAAAAAGUUGCUAUAAUAAUUAUUUUAUUUAUUUAUUACUCUAAUCGCACUUUUGAAAAUACCUUUAUCAGUAAUUUUCAUAAAAUGAUCACUCAUUACGAAUGCUGCCUUUCAAAGUAAGUUGGGACUACCUUGUACCAAAAAAGGGUUAAUAAUACAGGGUUGCCAGAUACGGAUUUUGGAAGAUCCUCCAUUUCUUAGAAAAAAAUUGUCUAAAAUGAUACUAUUUCAGAAAAUUUUCCCCAAACUAUUUUGUGAAGGAAAUAUAAAAGAUAAGACGUUAUAAUAUUACAUUACACCACCGCACAUUUUCCGUACGCAACAAACAUCGCCGCUUAAGCGGGCGAAGUCGUCAAAUGCCACAUCAAUGUCAAUGUCCGUCGAAUAGACAAGCCAGGAGUUGGAUUGAUUGAAAUAAUGAAAAAGAAACUCAAAUUUUUUCCUGAUUGUUUUCGUAUCCUCAACAAGGUAUUUUUGGCCAAAAUUGCGAGAAAAAAAUACAAUAUGGCAACCCUGUAAUUGUGUUUUAAUUGUUCUAAUAAAUGUCUGUCGCAUGGAUGUAGGAUAACAUUGACUUAGAAUAGAACAUAUCAAUAUGUUUCAUAUUACAAAGUUCAGAGUCAUGAUAAGUGAUAUAUACAAUCAAAUUUUAUUAGUAUUUUAUAACAAUAAGGUAGUUGUCUUACAGAGGAAAACAAGCGCCUUUUUGAAAUAUCACACUUGGAUGUGAUUUUUAUUUAUCAAAACCUCGCUAGUUUCAAUCCAAAACAAAUAUGGUCUCAAUCUUAACCCGAAUCGAAAUUAAUUGUAAGACAUCGAGUUUUUGUUGAAAAUAAACACAUCAGCGGGCUUAGCACCGUAAGCACGCGACUCUUUCUCGCCGCGACAGAGAUCAUCUGUCUCUUUCUGUGCAAUACUGUGAGAGAGUGACGGGUGACGUCUGUCGAGGCGAGAAAUAGUCGCACGCUUACGGUGCUAAGCCCGUUGAAUUUGAGUUUUCAAAACAGCGUUUAUUUGGUUUUCUCUAUAAGACGUCGAUAUAGACUCCCGUAGGCAUCUGUCAGAUGUUGCGUGUAUCUGUCAAAAGAUCCGUUUUAAAUGAUUCUACAAAUGCUUAAAAUGUAUCUUAAAGUUGAAAUGAAAUAUAACCAUAAUAUUGCAUUGUAAAGUUAAUUUAUUAUUAUCAAAUAUAUCACUUGUAUGACUCUGAAUGCCCCUUCAGACAACCUGAUUUUGCAAGUGCAUGUAUGUACAGAAACUAACGAAAUUCACAAUGCGAAUUGACCUUGUGUAGCCUAGGAAUCAUUUGACCAAAUUAGGUGCCCUUAUUGUGGAAAUCAGGUUGCCUGAAGUAUGUUUUUAUUGUCACGUUGGUUGCAGAACGCGAGCUAAGUUUAUGUUUCGCUCCCAUAGCCGACGUUCCAUUCACGUUUCAUUGGCGUUCUGUAGUUGUUUCGUAGAAUAAAGAACAAUACAACGCAUAGAACCAUGAAAUAGGAGAAAGAGUAUGGAAAGGCCCUAACGCGCAUUUUGUAUGAGAACCGCCGUUGCCGAUUCAACCCCGCUCUCUUUUACUACUACUCCUGCAUACAGAACUAUGAUAGUUCUACUGCUUCUCAAAUUCCAUAGCCACUUUACCGGCAACGUGUAUUAUUACUUUUCGUAAGAUACUGCAUACAAAAUUAUUUUUUUGAUAAAUAGCCGAUCAUACUAAGGUUUUUAGCUCCUUGCAUGAUAGUCGAUAUUAGAUUUUUUACCGUGCGGGUAAAAAAUGCAUAAGACGAUCUUUUGAUAUGAUAUUAUAUCGUUGAGCUCCAUGCCUCGUCAUGGCCAAGCGGAGUGCAAAGUUGAAGUUUGAACUAUUUGCUCAUACUUGAAUGGCGCGCAUUUCGGGCUGACUUUGCUCUUCCAACCUGUCUUUUAUUUCGUGCAUAGAACGGACGCUCUUCGCCCCGUACCAAUUAGUAGCUAUCCACAUGUCCAUUGAGAGUAAAGGAGCGCGCGGACUCGGACAGUUUGUCUCUCUCGCACUUACACUUUAUCGGUAAGAACUAGAUUUUUGUAUGCAUUGUCCGGGCUAUGUCUGCACAAUGCAAACUACGAAAAUUCCGUCAGCUAUGCGAGCCAAACUAAACUAACCUCGCGGUCUGCAACCAGCAAUGAGUAUUGUGCCUCUACUAUAAGUGAUAAUGCCAUAUACAGUACCUAUUAUAAUUAUAAAUAAUAUUAUAAGAAAUAGAUAAGAACAAACUUAAUCCUUUAUUUUGUUUCCAGAGUAUCAAUUUUGUACUUUUUCCAUAGAAACGAAACGAAAAUUAAGUAUAAAAAGUUUAUUUUUGAAAGAAAAUAUAUAUAUUUCUGUUUUUAAUUUAUUUUUCUACUAACAAAAAACUAACAUUAUGGAAGUAUGUUUAUUAUUAUUAAAGUAAAAUAUAUUUGUAAGUCUAAGUCAAUUUAUUGUUUCACUUGUAGCGUUUGGUAAUUUUAUUAUUUUUGUGUUCAAUUGGUACAGAGAUGUCUGAGAAGUAUUAUCUUUGUCUAUAAUUAAAUGAUAGGGCCCUUUUCAAUUAAUUUAAAAUAUAAAAGUAUGUACAAGGUGUUAGUGACAUCGUAACGAAAACUUUGCAGGAUGAUUCAGGCCAUGAUUCUGAGUUGAUAUCAAGUUGAACUUUCCGUCGCAAAACUCACGCAAUCAUUAUUCACGCGAUCAUGAGCUGAAUCAUCCCCCUCAGUAUUCGUUACGGUAAUUAAAACACAUAAUAACGGAUUCUUACCGCGUUUGAAAUAGGGAUAUGAGACUCCCGAUAUUUCGACACUGUUGCAAGUGCCAUGAUCACGAUUGAUUCAUUCAUUUCAUUCAUUCAUUCAUGAUUCGUUACGAUGUCACCAACAACCUGUAGAUUUCAAUGUGUUCCACAAUAUAUCGACUAGGAUUUAUUUACGAGAAGGGCCAAUUAGUUGUACGUGUGAAUGACUGAUGUAGAAUUAAGUGUUUCGAUGUUUAGACGAAUAUAUAUUGUUCAGUGUACCUUGAUACAAAAUUACCAUUAGAAUAAUAAUCAGAAUUUGUAAUUUUUGAAGAGAUAUUGUCAUAGAGUCCCCAAAUUGAAUUCAAGACUAUACACAGGAGUUGUACUUUCUGUAUGAAGAUUGAUUUUUUACAUUAAUUGUUUCAAUGUAGUCUUUUUAGAAUGUUAAAAUUCCAGUUUCUUUUUAUUAUUAAGUAAAUAAAAAUCUCUAUGAAAAGACCACUUGAUGUGCUGAUAAUCGACUUUUUACAAUAUUAUUGUAAAUACCUUUAAAUAUUUUUAUAUCAGAUUACAUUGAACAAUUGUAUUAGGCAUUGUAUAAGAAAACUAGGUAUGCUCAAAGUGACAGCUAACAUUUCAAGGUUAGCUCAGCUUACGUCAUCCCAUCCUGCGUUGCCAUAUUGUAAAAAAUAAAUUAUCCACGACCAAUAUUUUUAGUUUACUUUGCAAGGCAAUUUUGACCUUUAAGUAAAAGAUUUAUUUUCUAAUGAGUUUUAUAUGUGACAAGUAAUAAUAAUUAGUCAGUAAUUCACUUAAUUAUCAAUAAUAAAAUUCACGUCCUUGGAAUGUUGGAGAUACCAAUGUUAAUAGUAACACUGUGGUAACACUUACGAUUGAACAUACCUGGUUUUAUUAUACCAUGGUACUAGGUAAUGUAGGAACCGCGUUGAAUGAAUUAGAAUCCCAGUAUAAUGUUUUCUACUUGUGAUGUCUUAUGACAGUGCUGUGCAUUUGUUUCUGUGACGAAAUAAAAUUUAUUGAUAA